AUGGCGACUACUUCAGGAAGCGCUGUGGCCAAGUUUUCUCGAUAUUAUGGCCGAUCUUGCGUUGCUGGUACACACAGCGGUGCCAGUUGUACUAACACGCAGUAUACUGAGGGUGUUUCUAUGCAUUGUUUUCCUGACAAAGAGAAAUAUCCAAAGCAGCAUCGAGAAUGGUUGCGUUUUGUUCGGCGACACCGGCCCGGCUUUGUUCCUUCGAAACAUUCACCUCUGUGUUCUAUUCAUUUCGAAGACAGUUGUUACGUUACUCGGAGAGACAUAGCAAAAGAUUUAGGAAUUAGAGUGGUGCUUAAACCAGACGCUGUUCCAACAAUCGAUGCAGCAAUAAAAGCCGAGGAAAGAACGGCAACGAUCAGAGAACGUAAACAGGUAUAAAAUAGAAUGACGCCAUAUUUUGUAUGUUGUUUAAAUAUUAUAUAUAUAUCAUGUUUGUCUGGCGUUUCGUUUGUCGCCGCAAUGAUGUUUUCUGCUACGAAUAAAGGCGUGUUUUAUAAUUUCUCAAUAUUUCAGGUGAUGAGAUCUCUUGUUCAAGAAGAAACGUCGAGUGCUGUGACUUCUCAAGCCAAGUCAGAAGCUGUCGAAGUUGAAGGCGAAGCCACACAAGAGGUGCACGAACACGUAGCGUCAAAACCACAAGAAACUGUAGAAAAUCCAGUCGAAGAAAAGAAAGAACAAAUCAAGUCGUUAAAAAAGAAAAUCCACUCCAUGCAGAAAGAAAAUUGGGCUCUCAGAAAACAAAAAAGAUCACUGCAGACUGCAUUUAAUAAAGUUAGUUUUCCUUGCCAGUAUAAAAACUCUAUUGAGACUAUAAAUUUGAAUGAAAUGCGUGAAUGAACCCUGAAAUAAAUGUGUAAAGAAUAAUUUUUAUGGGUCAACAAAUACUUUCCAAAUAAUCUAUCUCCAUAUAGGAGCAACCUUAAUCCUAUACAUGCACAACUUUCCUCUUAAAACUUGCGUUAUUUUUAUUCUUUUAAUUUUGUAGGCGAAAGAAAUGGAAGACCAGCCAAGCACAAGCAAGAAGGAUGAAUUGUCCACAGAGGCAGAGCCCUACUUGGAGGACUUUAAUGUGGAGGAGCCAACAGAUGCUUCCACAGAGGAUACGGAUUGGUCGUCAAUGGAAAGUUACCAUCUAUCAGCAGAUGACUCUGAGGAUAUUGAUGACAAUGGCGACAAUGUUGACAUGACGAGAAACACUGUAAGGUACAGUAUGGAUGUUAACCAUUAGGCUGCAAUGGGCCAUUCCAUUUAAUAUAGCCCGACCCACCCUAUUGAGGGGUCCCUUCAUAACCCCUUAGGAUAUAAAAAAUGGGAUCCCCCUUGGAUGCAAUUUGUGGAAGUUAUCCCUGAGGAUAUCUUACUAACACCUUUAGGAUAUCGCUUUUUCCCUCUUGGAUAUCAGCAAUGAAAACACCUAAUUUUUGCCAUUUUUUAAAAAAUCUCUCAGGCUACCCUGUAGGAUAAUUGAAGAUGAAGACAUUUAUAAAUCUUAAUUAUACAUUUGUUUUGUUCAGUGUGGAUCCAAAUACAGAGCCACAAGAUGAACCCAAAUUCACUGUGUUUUUUGGCAUGCUUCUUUGUCUAUUCAGCAUGUUCUGCUUCAAAUGCAAGUCAAAGAAUCCAUCUGCAACCGUUAAAAGAAUUGGCACUAUGGCAACUGUGGUACAAUCAUGCAAGAAAUGUGGUGAUAAUUUUGUAUGGAGCAGUCAGCCCCUUAUUCAAGGACGACACCCAGCUGGAAACAUAAUGUUAAGUUUUAGCAUCUUGAUGUCUGGUGUAAACAUCAGUCAAGCUUUUUUUAUGUUUAAGCACCUUGGCCUAAAAGUAAUUUCCCCUCGAACAUACUUUUUCCACCAGAAGAAAUUCCUGUUUCCAGCAGUCUUCCUCUACUGGGAAAAAUAUCAAAAGGCUUUGCUGGAUAAAAUCAAGGGUUUGACAGGUGCUGUUGAAUGGUCGGGAGAUGGCCGAUUCGACUCAAUGGGGCACAAUGCAAAAUAUGGAGUAUAUACCAUGUUUUGUAAUUCAAUUUCAAAGUUGGUUCACUUUGAGUUAUUGCAGGUAUAAUCUCAGAUUGCAGUAUACUGUAGUCACCUGAUUAUGCAAAAUAUAUUGUCUAUUGCAAAAAGCAUUAUUUUUAUACACUAGCUCUCAAAUAGUAAAACAUCUUUUUAAAAGCAAUGCUAAAUAUAACUAUGUUUUCUUAUCUCCAAAAGGCAAAUCAAACAGGGAACAGUAACGCGAUGGAACUGGCUGGGGCUAAAUCCUAUUUCAAGUAUCUCCAAAAUCUGGGCAUAAAAGUUUCCACGUUUGUAAGCGACAGGCAUAAGGGCAUCGCAAAAUGGAUACGUGAAAGCCAACCUGACACUCGCCAUUUCAAUGACCUAUGGCAUGUCGUGAAAGGAAUCACAAAGAAACUAAUAAAAGCUGGAAAAGAGAAAGGAAAUGAAAAGUUGCUGGUGUGGGUGAAAGCUAUCCGUACUCAUUUGUACUGGUGUGCCCUCUCUACAAAGCAAGGUUUUGGUGACCUGAUUAUAGCAAAAUGGAAGUCUGUGAUCAGACAUAUUGCAAAUCUCCAUACCAACCAUCCAGAUUCCCUUUAUGCUAAUUGUUCUCAUGGGCCACUUGAACCACGUGACUGGAUUAAACAAGGUGAUCAUGUAACUGUAGAUAAUAACUCAUUAUUUUGCAGCAGUUCAUUUGAUGAGAAAAAUUCAGUGAGAUAUCAUGCAGCUUUAUCUG